AGAAUAAGCCCGCACAAAGAGCAGGCGGUCAUACCGGCUUAAAUAGCCCAACUAAAACCUAAACAAGAAACAGGUGUAACCAAUAAGACAAAAACAACAGAAAAGGGAAAAAGGGAUCGGUGACAGCUAGUAGACCGGUGACGACGACCGCCGAGCACCGCCCGAACAGGAAGAGGAGCCACCUUCGGUGGGAGUCGUGACAUACUCUCUUUCUCUAUCACUCUCUUCAUAUUUGUAUCUCUUUAUCUUCCUCUCUCUAUCUCUUUAUCUUCCUCUCUCUAUCUCUUUAUCUUCCUCUCUCUAUCUCUUUAUCUUUCUCGAUCACUCUCUAUCGCUCUCUAUUCAUCUUUAUCGCUCAUUGUGUGGGAUAUAUUGCCUCACUGCCACCUCUGUCAAACUGAAAAUGAAAGUAUUACCCAAGUUUGUAUAACACAAAGGCAUGGAAGGAGAGAAAGAACAGUAAGAAAGAACGUGGACGACGCAGAGACGCUGGCUCUGAGUUAUAAUCUCCAGUGAACUCUUUAAUUCUUGGAUUGUCUCUGUUGUUCUGUGUUCUGGAACUGGGACCACUCAAAACAGGAGAAAGAUGCAGCAAUUGGGAGGGGAGGAGUGUCUGGUCCCUCAGCCUCGUGGGAGUUUACCCAAAGCCGGUGCGAUAGGAUUGGCUUCUGUGGUGACGGCGGCUAUCUUGGUUUGGGAGCCUGAGGGCUUCUUCAGACACGUUUCCGCAGCGAUACUCAUCCUGACUGUGGGGCCCUUGCUGCACGGAGUGUUUCUUCUCUCAGAGGAAUGUCUUCAUCAUGCAACUACCAGGUACCGUGGUCGGAGGCUGGGUCAAAUGGUGACAGCCUGUGUGGGUGUAUGUACCCUCCUGGGUGUGGGGUUGGCAGUGCUGCUGUUUAUCUUGACCAAGACCCAGCCCUGGAGGGACCAGUGGAGCAUGGUUAUCCUGGCCUGUGUCCUCUACCCUCUGCUCAAAACCCUGGGAGUACUGGGUCCGUCUGAGGUGGAGGUGUCAGAGAUCUGUGAGACGAGAAAGAUGAACGUGGCUCAUGGCCUGGCUUGGUCUUUCCACCUGGGCUACCUCAACCUGGUUCUGCCUCGGUUGGAGGGUUCUAUCACAGCGUUCCGUGCUUCACAUAAUGCAGGUCCGUUUGAGACCAGGGGUUCCAGAAAGCUCCUCAUUCUCCUCCCUCUCAACGCAAACAUUACUCACACGCUGGAGGACGAGGACACCAACAUCCAUUUCCAUGACAACCUCCCUGACACAGAGAUCGACAGGGCAGGUGUCCGGGGGCGUGUCUACAAGCACAGUGUCUACACCGUAUUGGACAAGGACAGACAGGCCCAUCACUGUGUUGUGGAGUAUGCCACCCCUCUGCUGACCCUGUAUAAGAUGUCUCAGGAGAGCAGUGCAGGGUUUGGGGAGAAGGACAGGAGAGAGCAGGUGCUGCUGUUCUACAGGACUCUACAGGACAUACUGGACCGCUCACUGGAGUGCAGGAACCGCUACCGACUCAUCCUCCUCAACGAUGAACAUGAGGAUGACCCUCACUACCUGUCCAACUCCAUUCUGAAGAACCUGGAUCAGCAGGAGAAAGAAGAGUUCUAUGUUCCCCCUUUCAUCCCUCAGCCUGAGGUGGAACACCCAUUCUAUGCCCUGCCCAUCAUAGACGACUGGCGCCGAGCUAAGCCAAUGAGCAGGAUGCCUACGAUCAUGAUCAGUCAUGACAUGCCACGUACGCUCAGGGAACCGGUUGAGAAUUCGGAAGACCUUUCUCCAUGAGACAGGUCUAGAGAGAUAAACUAAAUAACUUGCACUUAUGCACAACAGCAGCAGCACUAAACCAGGCUGCAAGGUAGGAAGCACUCAAAGCCAUCUCAAAGUAGAGCAACAAGGCAUUGCCUUCCCCUUUACCCUGCCACUCAUUGCUUAACAUACAGUGCAUUUGGAAAGUAUUCAGACCCCUUGACUUUUUCCACAUUCUGUUACGUUAGUCUUAUUCUAAAAUUGAUUAAAUUGUUUUUCUUCCUCAAUCUACACACAAUACCCCAUAAUGACAAAGCAUAAACAGGUUUUGUAGAUUUUUUGGGCAAAUUUAUAAAAUGUAUCAAAAUAAAUAUAACAUUUACAUAAGUAUUCAGACUCUUUUACUAAGCACUUUAUUGAAGCACCUUUGGCAGCGAUUACAGCCUCAAGUCUUCUUGGGUAUGACGCUACAAGCUUGUCACACCUGUAUCUGGGGAGCUUCUCCCAUUCUUCUCUGCAGAUCCUCUCAAGCUCUGUCAGGUUGGAUGGGGAGCGUUGUUGCACAGCUAUUUUCAGGUCUCUCCAGAGAUGUUCGAUUGAGUUCAAGCCCGGGCUCUGGCUGGACCACUCAAGGACAUUCAGAAACUUGUCCCGAAGCCACUCCUACGUUGUCUUGGCUGUGUGCUUAGGGUCGUGAACCUUCUCCCCAGUCUGAGGUCCUGAGUGCUCUGGAGCAGGUUUUCAUCAAGGAUCUCUCUGUACUUUGCUCUGUUCAUCUUUCCCUCGAUCCUGACUAGUCUCCCAGUCCCUGCCACUGAAAAACAUGCCCACAGCAUGAUACUGCCACCACCAGGCUUCACAGUAGGGAUGGUGCCAGGUUUCCUCCAGACGUUACAUUCAGGCCAAAGAGUUCAAUCUUGGUUUCAUCAGACCAGAGAAUCUUGUUUCUCAUGGUCUGAGUGUCUUUAGGUGCCUUUUGGAAAACUCCAUACAGGCUGUCAUGUGCCUUUUACUGAGGAGUGGCUUCCGUCUGGCUUCAUCAGACCAGAGAGAAGAGUCGUGGUGGUUCCAAACUUAUUCCAUUUAAGAAUGAUGGAGGCCACUGUGUUAUUGGGGACCUUCGAUGCUGCAGAAAUGUUUUGAUGCCUCAACACAAUCCUGUUUCGGAGCUCUACAGACAAUUCCUUCAACCUCAAGGCCUGUUUCUUGCUCUGACAUGCACUGUCAACUGUGGGACCUUAUAUAGACAGGUGUGUGCCUUUCCAAAUCAUGUCCAGUCAAUUGAGUUGAGUUUACCACAGGUGGACUCCAAUCAAGUUGUAGAAACAUCUCAAGGAUGAUCAAUGGAAACAGGAUGCACCUGAGAUCAAUUUAGAGCUCAUAGCAAAGGGUCUCAAUACUUAUGUAUUUAUGUUUUUUAUGUUUUCGCUUUGUCAAUGUGGGGUAUUGUGUGUACAUUGAUGAGGUAAAACAUUUAUUUUAUAAAUUUUAGAAUAAGGCUGUAACGUCACAAAAUGUGGAAAAAGUCAAGGGGUCUGAAUACUUCCGAAUGCUCUGUACGAGGGUCAGAUUGCAUACAAACAGAGGAAUCAUUUUACAUUUUAGUCAUUUAGCAGACGCUCUUAUCCAGAGCGACUUACAGUAGAGUGCAUACAUUUUAUUACAUUUUACAUACUGAGACAAGGAUAUCCCUACCGGCCAAACCCUCCCUAACCCGGACGACGCUAUGCCAAUUGUGCGUCGCCCCACGGACCUCCCGGUUGCGGCCGGCUGCGACAGAGCGCGAACCCUGCACAGCCUGGGCGCGAACCCAGAGACUCUGGUGGCGCAGCUAGCACUCUGACGACUGCGCCACCCGGGAGACCCGGGAAUAACAGAACAUUGUUAAUGGUGUAACACAAUCCUGUGUUGGCUGUAACGUUUGGCCACAUACUGUAAGUGUUGUGUUUCUGUAUGUAUACAAACAAACAGAAUUCAGGGUCAAGUUACAACAACAACACUGCUCAUUCCUCUCAUUGUGUGCAUGUUGUUCUACACUCAGUUCUGUAAUUCAUCUGUCCGUACUGUAUGUAUGGGCUCCCGAGUGACGUGGCGGUCUAAGGCGCUGCAUCUCAUUGCAAGAGGUGUCACUACAGUCCCCGGUUCGAAUCCAGGCUGUAUCACAUCCGGCCGUGAUUGGGAGUCCCAUAGGGCAGCGCACAUUUGGCACAGCGUCGUCCGGGUUUGGCCGGGGUAGGCCGUCAUUGUAAAUAAGAAUUUGUUCUUAACUGACUUGCCUAGUUAAAUAAAGGUUGAAUAAAAAAUAACGCUUUGAUGGAUUUACAUUGUUUGCACAGACAGAAUGUGCAUGCUUGAACCAUGGGGCAGAGAGGAGAGAGAGAAGGGGAGAGAAGAGAGAGCCUGAGGGACACUGAAUAGUAACAGCCUAAUUAUUCCAAAUAGUAGUGGUACGGAAGUAGGGGUGAUGGUAAUGAUAGCAGUUUAAUGACGGUGGUAGUAGUAUUACUGAUGUAAUGGUGAGAAUGACAGUUAGUUAUAGUUUCAUUUUAUGUGUUUAAACUUUUAUCUUUAUUAUAUUUCUACUAUUGACUGUUACCAUUUUAUUGUUGUUAUUAUUUUUUAUUUAUAUGUAAUUUAUUUACUACCAUUUUAUAUUCUUAUUAUUCAUUAUUUUAUUACAAUGUAUAAUGUAUACAUUGUUGCUUUUGCAAUGUACAACGCAAUGUUUUUCAUGCCAAUAAAGCAACUUGAAUUUGA